AUGGCGUCACCACAGGUAAACACUGCAGGCGCACACAGCCGAAGCCCGCACACUAGAAACCACCACUCUCCACACCCGCCGCACCCAUCUGCACCGUUCCCUUCUGCCCUGACUUCCUCCGCCGCGUUGCCAAUCAAUCACCAUCAUCUUCGCGGCAUGCUGACUCAGCAGCAGCUCGUGUCGCUCCUUCAGCAAGCCACGGACUCCGACGCGUUUCCCCCCUCUUUCCGCCGAUACCCGCUUUCCUACCUUCGCGCGCAGGGAAUCUCAGUCCCAGGCGACUUCUUCUGCCCGCUAUCCCUCGGCAUAAUGACCGACCCCGUUAUAAUCGCAUCCGGCCAGACGUUCGAGCGCGCGGAGAUCGAGCGGUGGUUCGGCGAGGGGAAGCGCGUGUGUCCGGUGACCGGGCAGCCGCUAGAAAGUCUCACCGUCGUGCCGAACAAUUCCCUCCGCAGCGUCAUUUCCGCGUGGUGCCUCGGCAACGGCAUCAGGCUCGGCACCGACGAACGUACCAACCCUAGUACGACAGCCCAGCUCGCCGAGCCAGGCCGCCGAGCCUCGCUCGAUGUCGGCCCGUCGUCAUCGUCUCCUUCGAGAUCCCUCUCGAGCAAUGCCGGCCGCGACGCGCGCCGGCAGUCCAGCGGCUCGUACGAGCAGAGCCCGUCCGCGUCGCCCCGCUGCCCUAUCUGGCCCGUGUCGGCCUCGGUAUCCUCCCAGUCCCCCUCCGCAUCUCCCGCUUACACGCCUGCUAAGAGCACUGGCAGUCCCGUUCUACGGCGCGACUGGAAUAAGUACCCCGGGAGGGACGAGUGGAGCGGCCCGCAGCCGCGACGCGACGAGUGGUCGGGGCCGCAGUCGGUCGAGUUUGCGAUGCAGGCAGGCAUGGCGUCGCAGGAGACGGAAGUGUCGCGCGGCCACGGCGCUGGCUCUCCGGCGUCGCAGGAGAGAGACAGUGGCGGCGGUGGCGGACGGGCGAGUCGCAUGCGACACUCAAUAGGCUCGCAGUCCAUGCGCUACGAUUAUCCCGAGCACGCGACGCGGUCGCCGCAAUCGCAUUCUCUAAUCUCCUGGGAUCACGACGGGGAUCAAUCGGACCGCCUCCACCAACCUGGAAUGAAUCCCGCUCUAGCGUACAUGACGCCAAACCACCCUGUCGCGUCCGUCUACGUCACUAAUGCGUCCGGCAGCCCGUCGGUUAGCCGGUUCUCCUCGCGAGACAUGUACCUCACGUUCGCCCGCUCGUCCACCUGCGACUCGAGCUCCAACAGCCGGUCGUUACUCCUAGGCCGGCAGCACGGCACCGCACCGCCGGAGCGCGAGGGCUCGCCGAACGAUGGCCGAGCGGGCGAACGCGCGCUGACUCGCGGCGGAAACCUCGCGGCCGGGCGGAGCCAGAGCCAGAAGGAGCGCGCGCCGGGCGGAAGCAGAGCGGGGAUGGUGCGGACGGAGGAGGAGGAGCACGCGCGGCUGCGCAUUCCGGAGCUCGUGCGCCAGAUGCAGGGCGUGGGCGCGGGGCGGGGAUCGGGGGACGGCGAGACGCUGCUGGUGCGCGAGCGGCAGCGCGAGGCGGCGGAGGAGCUGCGGAUGAUGGUGAAGGAUUCGCGCGCGAACCGGGAGAGCGUCGUCGCGGCGGGCGGCGGCGUGCUUUCCGCGCUUAUUAAUCUCUUCUGGAGCGAGGACGAGGCGACCGUGGAACACGCGGUCACGGCGACUUUAAAUCUCUCGUUGACGUCGUCGUCGCACGCGCCGCUGAUCGGCCAGGGCGUCGUUCCCGCGCUCGUCGCGGUGCUCUCGGGCGGCGCCGCCGCGUCGUGCUGCUCGUCGCCCGUCUCGUCGCCGAGCGUCGCAGGGUCCAGAGCGGGGCAGCGCCAGUGGGGGGAGAACUUGACCGCAGCUGGCGCGGCGGGCGGAAACGAAAUUGGUGAAGUGAGACUGGCGGUUUCGCAACAGGCGCAAGAGAACGCAGCAGCAGCGCUGUUCGCCAUAACGUCUUCGUCAGAUGCAAAUAAGUUACUCGUUGGAUCGACGCCAGGAGCCAUCGCAGGGUUGACGGCUAUGCUUUCGCCGCAGCCGUGGUCGCUUCGCGGACGAAAAGACGCCGCUUUGGCUUUGUUUAACUUAUCCCUAUCGGAGAAAAACCGUGCUUCGCUAAUGUCAGCGGGUGUAGUUCCGAAGUUACUGUCCAUGUUACAAGAAUACGGCUCGGGAUUGGAGGAAAAAGCCACGGCGGUUCUCGUGAAUAUCACGAAAACGCCCGCGGGUUGCGCGGCGAUUCAGGUGGCGGGGGGAAUUGCGCCCCUGGUUGAAGCGCUAGAAAGCGGAUCCGCGCGCGGAAAGGAGGACGCGGUUGCGGCGCUGCUUAUGCUGGCGGAAGACGAGAGCCGGCGGGACGAGAUUCUCGAGGAGGGGGUGAUGCCCACGUUGGUCGCGCUGCAACAGUCCGGCACUCCGCGCUCGCGCGUCAAGGCUGCUCGUCUGCUAGCAAUCUUCCGGUCCAAGAAAUGA